UCUUAAUAUUGCCAGAACCUAAUGAUAAGCAAUGUGACUUGCUAUUGCUACGCAGCAUGUUAUUUAAAGAAAUGAUGUUUGACAUGUCUGUAACAGACUUGGGUGGAUCUCUGGCUACACGCGUAGAAGAUGUCAUGCUUGGGCAAUAUGACAAAGAAUUUGACCUUGUUGUUGAUGUAACAUCAACUACAGUUUUUUUGAACGGCGAAAAAGACAUUGUUGUAAAACUUCAUCUUGUACAAGAAUAUCUUGUUGUUCCGGAAGAGUGCAGUCAGAUUCUUGACUUGCCAUCGAUGUCUUCAUCUGAAUUUAGUCCAAAUGAUGAAAAUUCCCCCCCAGCAACUUAUGAAACUCUAACCAUGAACAUCAACGAAAGUCAUACAUUAGGAAAUGACACAGAUACAACUACAGACUUUGUGGACAGUGAAGAGGACAGCAGCAUGUUCCAGCCAAGGUUUCACAGCACCCAAAAAAGUAAACGCCUGAGAGUGGAACAAUCACACUUGCUAUCAAGAGAGACUGAGCUAUCGAGUGCUUCUGUGACUUCAAAAAAGUUGCCAAGUGAAGUAUGUGAAACAGAUCUGUUUAUCCUUACCCUCCUAAAUGAGGGAGAAGAAGAAUGGGAAAUCAACCAGCACAUCGUUGCAGCCAUGAGGGCUGGAAAACUGUCACAACACAUAAAUGCAUUUAUUUUGGUGUGUGCAAAACACCUUUUGAAAACUGUGACGUUGGAUAAACGGUUGAACCAGCGGAAGAGCAUUUAUAAACGUUACGCUCAAAUGAUUGUGAAACAACACCCCUGCCUUGCAGAUAAUAACUGUGAAGAUAACUAUGUAAGACUGAUCUUUUUUCUUUUAAUUACUAGUUUAACUGUUAUUAUUUUGCAGCUUACUGUGAAACAUAAAGUGGUUCGAGCUGUUGGUAAUCAAAUAGAUUCCAAGAAACAUGGACGAAUUCACAACUUAAAAAGAAAUCAACAGAAGGCGAGUGCAAAGCGGAAUUCGGGUGGCCUAAACCAGUAUGAUGCUGCCAACUCUAUUUCCGGCAAUUUAUCUACUGCUGUCGAUGAUGAUUUUCCUGAUCAUGAAAGUGAAGAACAGUUAAGAAGAAAGCAUGAUUUUGAAGCAACGCGUGAGUUUUUCAAAAUUAACAACAAACUUUCUCUUGCAAAGUUAUUAGAAAAGACACCGCAUUAUCAUGAUUUUGAAAAGGCUUACGAUGAUUUUCUAAUGAUGUAUCCCAUGUCUUGCAUAACCGAGGAAAAGUUUCAGAAGGCAUUUGAGAGCACAUUGCUUACUUUUCGACGCUUUCUGGAAAGAAACAGUGAUAAGGGCGGGCAAAAGUGGGCUGAUGGUGCAAAAAUGGAUCUUGAAGUACUGCUUGCAGUUAACGCUUUGUGUUCAACAAGCCGCGGUGUGAAAGGUGCAAAGCCAGUUUUUCUUAUUCGUGAAGUACAGUAAAUCAAAUUUUUUUUCACCUGUUAACUCUACUUAAUCGGUACCUUUUCGUGAAUCAGGUUGGAAAAAACGUUGAACCCGAUUACUCUGGUGUAAACUCAAGUGCCAUUGUGUUCUUUAAUGGAAAUUCUCUCCACUCCAUGCUAAUCAUUGUUGGAUCGUCCUGCAAUGUAAACUACAAGAACAUCAAUGUUUCAAGUGUGUGUCAGGUGGUUUUGAACCUGUUAAGUGUGUACUACGUGACUGACUGUAAUUAUCCAGCCAUGUAUGGUGUCCUUUCACUAAUUGAUCGUUUGUGCCUUCAUCAAGAAGGUUUUCCGAGACAGAAACCAGUGCAGAAAGACUCUUUGAGUAUGGUUACUUUUCUGAAAAAGUAUGACAAAUUUGUCUUGCAUGACGACGAAAACCAGCAAGCACAAGAACUGCCUUUGGAAGAAGAAUCGUCGUAGAUUUGGAAAUUCUUACUUUGAUUUGUUUCUUAAUCUGUGCUAAUCUUUUAAAGAAAUAGGUUAGCCUGUUACAUCUGCCAUUUUCGUAACUAAGUGCUUGAUCCAGAUGGUGAUGCUGCUUGUGCUUUGAAUUCCUGCUGCCGCUAAAAAUUAGCUCAUGACUCUUCAUCUAACUGUUGUGACCUGGUUACUAUGGGUUAUAACCCGGGUUAUAACCCCAUGGGUUGCAACCCAUAUGGACCUAUGGGUUAUAACCCAUAGUAACCAGGUUAUAACCCAUAUGGGCCUAUGGGUUAUAACCCAUAGUAACCAGGUUAUAACCCAUAGUAACCAGGUAUACUACACUAUAGUAACCCAUAGUAACCAGGUCACAACAGUUAGAAGAAGAGUCGUGAGCUAAUUUUUAGCGUCAGCAGGAAUUCAGAGCACCAGCAGCAUCAACAUGAUUUAUUCCGCCGUUUAUAUUGUGUGUUGGUUUGUUAUUGUUAAUAAACGAAGGACUUUCAUGUUGA